AUGCCAAAAAAUAAAUUAAACCUUUCAUCUCGCUGUAUUUCAGAGGGUGUGUUCGUGGAUGGCGCAUGUCCAUCGAGUCAGGCCGAGGCGGAAGCCGAGGCCAGGAAGUGUCUGAACAAAAUUGGACUACAAAUAGAUGCUGCAGGAGCUGGCGAAUCCAUGGCCAACAAUGACAUGAGCCAGAUGAAACAAUACUGCACUGAUGGUACAUUGGACAGUGCACUAGGAUGUGUGGAGGAAAUCGUGAAUGAUUGCAAGGCUGAGAAUGAACAACUGGCUCAAAGCCUUAACAACGCCAUUAGCAUCAGCAGGCUGAGAAGUGGCUUGAAAUACAUGUGUGACAACAUCCAGUUGAUUAUUGACAACUCAGAAUGUAUAGGGAAUCAGGUGGGUCCCAUCUCGAGCUGCGUCGAGCUGGAGACAAAGUGGUUCCAAGCAGAGAUGCAGGCUAUGCAGGCCAAAGGUCAACCAGAUCAGGACGACAUCUGGAGAAUCACUUGCGGGUUCAUGGACAGAAUAUUUGGAUGCCAACAUAAAGUGUUCAAAGAGAACUGUGGUCAGGAAAUUGCUGAUGUGAUGACCAACUUCAUGCAGUCUGUCAAACCACCAGUAUGUGCAGAUUACUCGGGGGCCGUCACUGUUUCUGUGUCUUGGACGCUGUUGGCCGGUCUGCUCAGCCUGCUUAUGUAUCUGCGAGAGUAACAUCAUCAGCGCAUCCUAUUCGAAAUGCUUUUCUCCCACUACAGCCCAUUAAUGUACCAAAAUUGAUGCUGUAGAACCUUCUUUAGAACUGACCUUAUAUCUGGAGUGUUAUGAAAGUGUAUGCAUUUUUCUUUUUGUUUUUCUUUCAUCAGUUUUUUCCAAACCAUGUUGUAAAAUAAAACACUUGGAAUUGACAUGUACGUGUAAGUGUUUUGGUGAAAACCAUUUCCGUAAGGGUAUCUGUUAAAUAUGAAGAAUGCUCGAACGCAAUAGUUGGAACCAUCCCAAUAGGGGAAUGCUCAGUGUCACUAAGCCCAGACAUUAUAUAGAUCACCAGACUAAUUGCUACCUAUCUCAGUGUGGUUCACCAGCCGUCUUAAAAGGAAAGCAAAUCUUGUAAUACACCAUUGCCCUAUACCUACUUGAAUAACAAUAACAGCCAUGAUUAUUCAUGAUCGAAAUCUCUUGUACUGUUAUUCAAAUACUUGUAGGCAGGGGGCGCUGCUGUUUUAUGAGUUGGAAGAUUUGCUUCCGUUUUGUGGAGAAGUGGUUGGUAAACUCCAGUGGCCAUCUGUACUAUAUUGCCAGUAAAUGCGUAUGAUAUACAGUAUGUAGAUUUUCAGAGAGGUAUUUAGUAACAUUGUAUACUCUGAGUAUAGAACAGUCAUUAACUGUCAUGCUAAUCCAGUAGUCCAGCGUACCUAUUUAAUCUAGCAAUUAGUCUCAAGCCACAGGGAACCUGAGCAAUGAAUGCCCUCCAAUAAUGUGAAUGAAAAAGGACCCUAGCAGAUGUGAAGAGAGAUAACUCUCUUGUAUAAGGUGGCUACGGAAACUCUUGUGGGGAUGCAAGUUUUAAUUAAACAUAUAAAAUCCUCUCAGGGAUUGGUAUUUUGUAUACAUGUGGCGCUGUUAUUAACAGUUGUACUUUGAACGUUAAUUUGUUGAUACUAAAACUUGGUGUUAUUGUUUGAGUUGGUGCCCCUUUUUCGGGUUCUGCCUUUGACUUGAUAUCUGUAUACCCAGACUGCUCAUGCAGUCGUUUUCACAACUUCACAGUUUAUGGCAAAUGCCUGAUAUUUUGUAGCUCGUUUGGGUUGUAUUCAUUAGCAGAUUUUCUAAGCUUGGCAGUAAUUCAUUUAUAGAUUGAUGGACCUAGCUGGUAUACAUUAUCUCAAAUUGCUGAAGUUCAGUGCUAUUGGAAGGUUUUAUCCAUUUUUAUUUUGUUCAGGGAUCAGGG